CAAACCGCGCGCAAUAUAGAUAGAAUUAUCGUAGAGAAAAAAUGCGUUCUUGUACGUGAUUGUAAUGACUUCUAUAAUGUAUUUUCACGUUAAAUAGUUUAAAAAUCUGUAUGACACAAACUGAGUGAACAAAAUGAACGAGGACAUAAAUGUUACGUUUAUCAUACCAGAAGACUGUAAUAGUGAAAAUGAAUGUUCUGAAGAAAUGCAAUUGGCUUUUACCGCCUGUGAACAGCAUAGCGGCGGUGGAAUAAAAGCAAAAUGGGUACAAGAGGCCUUAUGGAGGAAAUAUGACAAUCUGACUAAAAGAGAUGUAUUCGUAUUAUCGAAGUUCGAAGGAGAGAUUUUCGAAAAAUUAAAGACUACCAAGUGCUUACUGGUUGGUCCGCGUUGUCUAUCAUGCUGCCUGAUGGAAGGCAGUCCUAUCCCUUCAGGCCCUGAACCUGUAUACACAAUAGCUAUGAGAGGACUAGUUGUUUCAGCGAGUGGACUAUCAAAAGAACAAAAGGAAAAAAUCAAACAAAAAGUCCAAUGGAUGGGUGGAUUAUAUAGCACCGUGUUGACAGAAGAUACAACGCAUCUAGUUUCUGACACGGUCUUAUCAGACAAAUAUAUAAAAUCAGUUGAAAGAAAUAUACCAGUUAUGUGUGAGAAAUGGGUGGAUGCUGUCUGGGAAGCCUCGUUGCGUCUUAAUGUCAAUGGAAAUUCAUCUGAGUUCCAUCAAUAUAAACUUCCUGCAUUUGCUAAUUUACAGAUUACAACGUCAGGUAUUGCCAAGAAGGAGAAGCAGCUAAUAAUGAAGCUCGUGAAUGAGAAUGGUGGAGUGUUCUCGGGAGCGUUCCAGAGCGAGACGACCGAUGUUGUAGUCCUUACUAAGGACGGCAUAGGCAGCGAGAAGUACAAGGCGGCGGUGGAGUACGGCAAGGCGUGCGUGGUGCCGGCGUGGGUGCGCGCGAGCGCGGCGCGCGGCGCGUGCGAGGCGCUGGCGCGCUACCGCGUGGCCGCCGCCGCCACCUCCAGCCCGCUCGCCGAGCACCGCGCGCCCGACAUCAGUCUGAACUUUUCUCGUAUAACGAAUGUGAAGCCACCGAGUAAUUUUGUGGACGAGAGUAGAGCGGUCGACAUGUCUACAAUAUCCGGUCGAAUGAAGUUAUCUCAAGAGGGUAGAAAAUCACACGACACGUCAUUCGACAAGGAAAUAAUAGCCGAGUUCGAGAAUUUCGAUAUGAGCUGCAUCAAGAAGGCCGGACCUAUCUUCGAUGGAUUCUGUAUCUGGGUGUCGGGGCUGGAGGGCGUGCCGCGCGAGCGCGCGCUGGCGGCCGUGUCGCGCUGCGGCGGCGUGCGCUACGACGCGCCGCACGAGCGCGUGACGCACGCGCUCAGCACGCGCGCCGCCGCGCCCGCCGCGCGCGCCGCGCUGCCCGCCGUGCCCGUGCUGUCGGCGCUGUGGCUGCUGCGCUCCGUGCGCGCCGCCCGCCCGCUCGACGAGGCCGAGUACCUCAUUGAAUCUCAUCCAAUGACGCCAGUGAAGUCGAGCGCCCGCAAGCCUCACAUCGAGGCUGCGUCUCCGAUGAGCAAGCGCAACUUGCAGUUGCUCCGUCGGGGUCCGUUGGAACUCCCUCCGCCUGUACCGGAGCUCCCUCAGCCCGCAGAGCCUCAGGAUGAGCUUGUCAACCAUUACUUGAGCCAAAUAGUACCCGAACCGCAAGAAAACACACCAGAACCGAUUCCCCAACAAGUUCUCCAGCAAGAACCAAAUAUUACCGAGGAUACGGUCGAUGAGCCAACGGAAGAAGUUGAACAGAUAUUCAGAGGCAUAAAGAUCGAGGUGCACGGGCUGGACGAGGAGGCGAUCUGCGAGAUCGGCGCGGAGGUGUCGGCGGCGGGCGGCGCGCUGGCGGCGGCGGGCGCGGGCGCGGCGCACGCGCUCGUGCCGCUCGACUGGGACCAGGACUCCGCGCUGCAACUCGUCACCGUCUUCUGGAUCAAAGACUGUCUCUCCCAACAAGAGUUGCUCCCCAUACAGUACUACCAUCGUCCUGUGAAAUUGCCUCAAUGGAAAGGGGCGGGGCCUUUAGAGGGCGUCGUGGCCAGUCUGAGCACCUACAGUGGUGUCGAAAGAGCGUUCUUGGAUGAAUUGGCAAAAUUGCUAGGGGCUACUACCCAGCUGCGCUUCUGCCGCCGUAACACGGCGAACGCCCUGGCGUCCACGCACCUGAUCUGCCCGUCGGCGUCGGGCGACAAGUACCUGGGGGCGGUGAAGUGGUCGCUGCCGGCCGUCACCGCCGCCUGGCUGCUGCAGUGCGCGCGCGAGGGCCGCCGCGUCAGCGAGCGGGACUACCUGGUGGGCGACACCAGAGCGCCACCGUCACCGGAACCGCCACAAAACAAAAACGACCAACCGGAACCCGAGCUGCCAUUACAAAGCGUAGCGCAGACAGACAAGGAAAACGCUAUGCUUCCUCCGGCCGCCGGCGCGCCUCGACGCGGCUCCGCGGCGAGUAGGGAACAGACCCCGAAGGGUAACACUGGUAAUGAAAGCGAUCCAGACAUGUCGCCAGCUUCCCGCUACAUAGCAAUGGCUCGGCAAGGUCUAUUGGGUUGCGACUCGCAAGAAACUCCUAAACGAGUGCAGGAACUCAAAGGGGAGAAACAAGACAUUUUAGCAGGCGACGUCCGAACACCGCCGCUAGAAGACGCAUUGUCGACCCCCAAUCUAAUGGGCUUGAGUCCCACAACCCGGAGGAGACUGCAAGCUGUGAGACGAGGCGAGAUGCCCUCGGACCCCAUACGGACACCAGUUGAUCCUUUCGAUAAAAACCCAGACACGCCUGACAGUGCGUUUGGAGCGGCCUUGCGACCCGGCUCGGGGAGACUCUCUCCCGAAGCGAGGAAACGUCUCUGGAAAGUCGUCAACGAUUUACCAACUAAGCAACAACAGCCCACAAGAGACAAGCAAACCCCCCUGUCGGAGAUCCGCAACCGUUUCCUGUCGCAGUUCGCGUCGGGUGCGGCCACACCUCCGACAGAUCUGCCCGCCGUGCCCAGGAAGUUGCAGCUGCAUGACCAAGCCGAUACUCCACCGUCGAAGAUAGCGAAACUAUCUAUAGAUCAAACCGCAAGCAGUCUUAACGCGAGCGAGGCCACCGACAACGCAAAGGCCGCGUCCAGCGCUGCGGGCGCGCUGGUCGCCGGCGUGGACGUGCAGCUGCAGCGGCUGAACGCAGCGCUCGCCGGCAGGCUCAGCUCACAGCGCAAGAGAACACGAGACUCCAUCGCGUCGAAUCCUGAACCAGCUGCUGUAGAAGCGGAGGCGGGCCCAGAGUCCCAACCGAACACAGUGGGCUGGGACGACUCCACUCCACCCGCGCCUCAAGCGCAGGACAACGCCCCGCAUGUCAAGAAAUUUAUGCUGUCUUCCAACGUUGACAAUCGCGAGGAGAUCGUCGAAAUCAUUCAAUACUUAGGUGGCGAGGUCUGCGACGGCGCCGAGUUAGACUUAGAAGCGACACAUCUGCUCUGUUCCGCACCCGGCAGGAGCGAGAAGAUGCUGGGGUCGGUGGCGGCCGGGAAGUGGGUGCUGCACCCCGCCUACGCGGCUAGGAGUCGACAGGCGGGGAAGUUCCUAGAAGAGGACGAGUACGAGUGGGGCAACCCGCGCGCGGGCGCGCUGCCGGCGCUGUCGGGCGCGGAGCGGGCGCUGGCGCGCGCGGCGCACCGCUGGCGGGCGGCGCGCGCGCGCGGGGCGGCCGCGCCCUUCGCCGGCACGCGCGCGCUGCUGCACGUGCCCGCGCCGCGCCGCCGCCUGCUGGCGCGCCUGCUGCUCGCGGGCGGCGGGGAGGCCGUCGACGACGAACCUCCUUAUACUAACGACAACAUAACUGUAUGCUUCGCUGACAUAAAGCGAUACCCGCUGUCCGAUAGAGACGCAGCAUGGCUCGUAUCUAAACGUAUACCGGUCUGCCCCCCAGUGCUUCUUAGUUCCUAUCUGACUGAUGAGGUGCCCCCAAAUCCAGUUGAACAUUGCAUACCGGAAUAUAGACCUAAAUAACACAGUUGUAGCUUAUUUUAGUGUUGACAAUAAUGUGUAUAAUAAAAUGUCUAUU